UUCUGUCUUCUCUUCACCAUUCGCACCUCAUUCAGAGAAAAGUCAGGUUGCUCCUCUUCUACGCAUUUGAUCUGCUUCCUCUUUAUGUGUUCAUUCGAUCUGCAUAAUAUUAGGUGAAUUUGUAGAAUCAAAGUCUUCGUAUCCAAUAUCUCUUUGCCAUGUCGGACGAGGAAGUUGUUGACCCAAAGGCGACAAUGGAAGUAUCUUGCAAGCCUAAGUGUGUAAGGCAACUAAAGGAUUAUCAGGCAUGUACUAGAAGGAUAGAAGGUGAUGAAUCAGGGAGCAAGCAUUGCACUGGACAGUAUUUUGAUUAUUGGCAAUGCAUUGACAAAUGUGUUGCCCCAAAGCUAUUUGAAAAACUCAAGUAACAUGGAGAUAAGUGUUCAUCCAUUACGAUUUUAUCUUGCUUUUUCAUUGUUGAAGCCUGUGCUACAGACUUGCAAUCCCUUCAAUCAACUUAGUUGCCGCAUAGAAAAUUUUGUACUAUGCACAUUAUUAAGAAGUGAUUAAUAAAGGAUACUUAUGGGUUAAAUUUUGUGGACACUUUUAUUUGGUCAGAUGAUUCAAAAUCCGGAGGAUGUUAUUCCCAGAUUUUUGUUCUCUCUUGCUUUGUUAUAUGAGCUCCCAGUUCCCUAAUUUCUUUAUGGGAGGAAAUAUCAUAAAGCAGUGAUUUAUAUAA